ACCCUAGUCCUGCGGUCUGGGAGCGGAAGUGCGGCUGCCCCGAGGUGAGUGUCCUCGGGAGGGAACCCGGCGCCUUCCGGGGAGCUGGAUGGGAAGUGGAGCAGCCGGGACUCGAACCGGCGCCGCAGGUGGCAGCUCAGCCGGCCGGGGCCCCUGCUUUGACUUCGGACGCCCCGGACUGGUCUAGCAGCCUCCCUAGGAAAUGGCAGCUGCAAGGCCUGGCCUGGGCCGAGUCCACCCUGGGUCCUCCAUCUUGUUCCUGUGCGACAUGCAGGAGAAGUUCCGCCACGGCAUCGCCUACUUCCCACAGAUCGUCUCGGUGGCCGCGCGCAUGCUCAGGGUGGCGCGGCUGCUGGGGGUGCCAGCUGUGCUGACAGAGCAGUACCCACAGGGCCUGGGCCCCACGGUGCCAGAGCUGGGGGCCGAGGGCCUGCGGCCACUAAGCAAGACCUGCUUCAGCAUGGUGCCCGCCGCGCAGCAGGAGCUGGACAGCCGGCCUCAGCUGCAGUCCGUGCUGCUCUGUGGCAUCGAGGCGCAGGCCUGCAUCCUGAACACCGCCCUGGACCUGCUGGACCGGGGGCUGCAGGUGCACGUGGUGGCAGACGCCUGUUCCUCCCGCAGCCAGGUGGACCGGCUGGUGGCCCUGGCCCGCAUGCGGCAGAGCGGCGCCUUCCUCUGCUCCAGUGAGGGGCUCAUCCUGCAGCUCGUGGGUGACGCCGCCCAUCCCCAGUUCAAGGAGAUCCAAAAGAUCAUCAAGGAACCCGCUCCGGACAGUGGGCUGCUGGGCCUCUUCCAGGGCCAGAACCCCCUCUUCGGCUGAUCUCCCACCCUGCCUCAAAGGGAGACCACCCUCCAGUCAUCCGGACCUUGGUGGAAGCGCUUUCCCCCAUCCCUGCCUCCCAAGAGUGGUGCGGUCCACCAGGAAUACCGCCCCCUCGGGAGGGGGCGGGGCUCUGCCUUCCCAUUGGACGGCCUCUCCCGGAAAUGCAAAUGAGACUCCUGGAAGCUGGCCGGGAGUUGGCUGAGGGAGUCGUGGGGGUGGGGCUCGGCCCCGGGCCGCUGCAAGGGGCGGGAAGGGGAGGGGGU